GUGUAACGUUAACGUGUAGAAACUAGGGAAAAUGGAGGGCCUGUGAAACAACCGUAGUAAAUCCACAAUUCAUAAGGAAAGGGGUCGUAAGCAACGUUGGUGUACCCCCGGCAUGUUUUGCCCUCACAUUGGGAAAUACAUGUCGCAGUAUUUCACGAAACCCACUCGGCAUUUUUUAAUCACUGACUGUGCAAUGAAUAUGGAAGUGUGACUUUAAACCAACUUGUUUCAUCGAACAUGUCGAAUGGAUGCAACCCACACAAUCAAGACCUCCGUCGCUGUACUGGAGCUGUGUCUGUAUUUUGCGUCAGACGUGUAUUGCGUUGGGAAGCAAUGCAAAACUAAGGAUUUGGAAGGAAAGUAUCUAAAAGGAAAUUAGGAAAAUAAUAUCUACCUGAAGAAGAAAACCAAUUCUCACACCACAUACACAGUGUGGAGGAUAGAGAGUCCCUCUUCCUGGCCAAACCAACUCUUACCAACAGUGAACCUGUAAUUUGUUUCACCACCUAUCCUGCAAUGCAAAGGAAGUGGUCUGCAAUCUUUUGCCAUGGAGGAAUACAUAAUGGACAUACCAACUGAACAGUGUGCUGCAUCUGGCAGCAAGCCAAUUUGCUACUUGUGGAAAGGUGCAAUAGGCAGUGAAAGGGGUAUUAUUUGGAACACUCUUGUGUCCAGGUAGUCCACAAAACUGGAUUUUUAUCCAGUUUUUUGACCUACAGAGUAGGCUUGCUCACAUUUGAUUCUCUCAAGUGAGUAACUUUGUCCCAAGCCCUGCUUCGGACUAGUGUAACAGUUGUGUUUGGGUGAACUUUACCAAUCGCAAUGAGUAAGUCGGAGAGCCACCACAGCGGCAGCUCGCUGUCAAAUGGAGUUGCGUCGUUGGAGGAAAGAGACACGGACGUCCCACAAGAGAGUCAUAGCAGUGGGAGUGUGACUAAGCAAGGCAGCAAAGGCAAGUCUGGUGACACACAGACAGAGGAGGCAGUAGCUGCCGAUGCCAGUCAUUCGCGUGUCAAUGGCGAAUCCAGUAUGGGAAGCAACAUGGUGAUCUCUAAUCGCAGAUCUCCUAAUUCCGAUGCUGAUGUGAAUGUUGAAUCCUUCCAACACGACAAGGUUACAGAAAACUUGGAAAGUGCAGCUGAAUCAAAACACACAGGAAUCAGUGAUGAUAGUAGCACCACUGGAUAUAGCAGUAGAUUAGAUAGCAUCGGUGAUAAAGAACCAUUAAAAGAAAAAGUGCCUGAUACAUCUGUUCACUUAGCAAAAUCACAGCCAAAUGGAACUGCUCUGAAGAGUGCCAGGAAAGACAGUAACAUGAAGCCAGAAAGGGGUAGAAUCGCUUCCGGGAAUGGAAAGAAACAGAAGUCGGUUGUAAUCAUGACUCCUGUUAAGGAUAUCACUGAAAAUGGUCACCUAGAUGUACACAAAGAGGAGAAGGUUGAGCGUUUGCAGAUUGAUGAUAUGCCCUAUUCUGAUUUUAUGAGCAAAGAAAAACGUCUCCUGCCAGAUACAGAGGAUGCAGAACUAGAAGCUGUGGAAGAGAAAGCCAUUGCUAAGUCUGCGGAUGGUCGUUUCAUGAAGUAUGAUGUAGAAGUAGGGAGAGGCUCCUUCAAGACUGUGUUCAGAGGGCUGGAUACAGAGACUGGAGUUGCUGUAGCAUGGUGUGAAUUGCAGGAGCGCAAGUUGAGUCGGUCUGAGCGGCAGAGAUUCAAAGAAGAGGCAGAGAUGCUGAAGGGACUCAGUCACCCAAACAUUGUCAGCUUCUACGACUAUUGGGAGGAAGUCAGUCCCAGAGGAAAGAAACACAUAGUACUUGUCACCGAACUCAUGACAUCUGGAACCUUGAAAACAUAUCUCAAGCGCUUCAAGGGUGUGAAGAACCGCGUGCUGCGGAGCUGGUGCCGUCAAAUCCUGAAGGGCCUGCACUUCCUCCAUACAAGACAACCCCCCAUCAUACACCGUGAUCUCAAAUGUGACAAUAUCUUCAUCACUGGCACUUCUGGUUCCGUCAAGAUCGGCGAUCUGGGUCUGGCCACCCUCAAAAAGAGCUCAUUUGCCAAAAGUGUUAUAGGUACACCCGAGUUCAUGGCUCCGGAGAUGUACGAGGAGCACUACGACGAGGCUGUCGAUGUGUACGCAUUUGGCAUGUGCUUGCUGGAGAUGGCCACAUCCGAGUAUCCAUAUUCAGAAUGUUCCAAUGCUGCACAGAUCUACCGCAGGGUUACCACGGGAGUUAAACCACAAAGCUUUGAAAAAGUCAACGACAACAAGAUCAAAGAAAUCAUCGAUGGCUGUACCAAAACAAACAAGGAAGAGAGGUAUCUUAUCCAGGAGCUGUUGAAGCAUACAUUCUUCGAGGAUACUGCUUUUCGCGUUGACAUCGUCAAUGAUGACAACAAGGAUCAGAUACAGCUCCAGCUGCGUGUGGAAGACCCCAAGAAGAGGAGGGAGAGGCACAGAGACAAUGAAGCUCUACAGUUUGAGAUUGACUUGAACAAGGAUGAACCGGACCAAGUUGCCAAAGAAAUGGUACGGAUUGGCUUUGUCAGUGAAGAGGACUCGAAGGCUGUUACCAAGGUGAUUCGAGACCGCAUCGGCACUGUAGUUAAGAACAGAGAGAAGAGAGAAAAGGAGAGGCAGGAGAAGGGCAAACAAGAGGAAGACAAAGAUGGCAAAGCAGAUGCCGGAACGUCGACCAUGGACAGCGGUGUGAGUAUGACAGGAGUGUCCAAUGCUUCUGAAGGCUCUACAAGACUGGUAUCGAGUCAGAACUUGUCGUCGUCGCAACCGCCCAUCGUCAGCCAGCAGCCCCACGGUCAGCAACCCCACAGCCAAUCUCACGUUCAGCCACAACAACAGGUGCCAUCCCAUCCACAACAAACCCAACAACCCACUUCACAACAGUCCGUAGCAACUCCACAAGUCCAGCAACAACAACAACAACAGCAGCAGGGCCAACCGCAGCAGCAGCAGCCUCCCCAGCAACAGCAGCAGCCGCAGCAAGUUCAACAGCAACCCGUGUCGCAGCCACCUCAAUCUGUCCAGCAGCCGCUACCACCGCAAGUCCAUUCACAACCCCAACUCGUUUCUCAGCCCAAUCAGCAACCGUCUACCACUAAUGUUCUACCGCAGCAGGAUCAACCUCAGCAACAAUCCAUACAGCAAUCUGCUCAGCAACCUCCUAUUUCCAAUGUACAGCAGCAGCAACAACAACAGCCAUCAAUUCCAGCCCAACAACAGACUCAGCCUCAACAAAUACAGCAACAGCCUCCACAGCCCCAGCAGCAGCAGCAGCAACAGCCACCAACACAACAGCAGCAGCAGCAGCCACCACAAUCAAGCCAAUCUCAGUUACAGCAGCAGCAACAACAGCAACCUGUUCAGCAACCAGUACAAACCCAGACCCAGGUGCAACAGCCAACCCAGUUGCCUCUCUCCCUACCGCCCCCACAACAACAGCAGCAGCAACAAGCUCAAACACAGCAGAGCCCCUCGAAUGGUCAACAUUCAUCCAUGUCGUGGUUUAUUCCGAUGUCUCCUCCUGUGUUUUAUCAGCAACCCCAGUUUGUGCAGCAGACAACCAACUAUUCACAGUUCUCCCAAGGUCAAGCCUUUCAACAACCCGUUAGCCAGGGACAGCUCCCGCAGCAGCCUAUACAGCAACCCAUACAGCAGCCGUUGCAGCAACCGGCACAAGUCCCCAGCACCCCUCAGAGGACAACUUCCGAUCAACAUGCCAAGAUCAAGAGGACCGUGUCUGGUGGCAACCAGCAACCACCUCCACCACAACAACAACUGCCACAAGCAACUCAGCCUCAGUCUCAGAUGCAACAGCUGCCGCCGAUGUCGGCCCAGCAGCAGCAACACGUGACAGUCACCAAAACAACAUCUGUAUUGCAGCAGAGUAUUCCUGCUAUUCAACAGUCUGGACAGCCAUCCCAUGCCCCACAAGUGAAUCAGAACAGUAUACAACAAACCCAACAACAGCAGAUUCAACAAGUCACCCAAGGGCAACCACAGCAACCACCACAACAGCAACAACAACAGCAGCAACAACCUCAACAUCCCAUCCAAACCAGUACCGCCCUUCCCCAGCCUACAGGAUCUACCGUAUCCAUUGCCGCGUCCUCAGCAGCCGCCGUUGCGACUGCAGUGCCGGUAUCGCUUCAGCCACAGGGCUCCACCCCUAACCUGUCGACAACCAUCACCUCUACGACUGCCCCAGCAGGGUCCAUGUCCGGACAGCAACUCCCCCAGGACAACAGGCCACAGACAGUGGAUGCAUCUAAGCAGGUAUCUGGAGAUGGUCAGGCAUGGAGUUCGCCUGCUCUUGAAAGGAGGGAUGUUACAAACGCCGAUGGUACCAGUGCUUGUCCCUCUGGUACUGGAGAAGAAAGUGGAGCGGAAGGCAGUCAGAAUGUUGAAAAGAGGCAGGGCAAGAAGAAGCAUAGCAAAACAAGCAAGAAGAGGCCAAAGCUUAGCAUCAUAUCUGUGGAUGAGGAGCAAGUCAUUGAAUGCUCUUUGGAGACGCAUAGGGGAGACACUAUUGUCUUCAAGUUCAGCGAAGAUGAUCAGCUGGAUGGCAUCGUCUCAAAUCUGACGAUAGCCAAGUGGGUCCACGAGCAGCAUGCAGGCCUCUUCAAGGAGCAGCUUCUGAAGGUGAUGGAGGAUGCCAAACGUUUGGGACCAGGCUCCCACCUCCAGCCGGGUCCAACGUCCUCUACCACCGGAGACGAUGCCAUGCCCAGCCAGCACCUCCAGGAAGGGGUGGUUCCCCCAAGCCCCAGCAAGGCGGUGAACUCGUCGGACGCCUCCCCUCCCAGCGGGGACGAGUCCCAGCAGCAAUUGAAUGCCCCCCAACAAAGCUUUGAGAUGGUGGUUAGUAAACAACUCAGUGCAGAGACACAGCCGAGUGAGCAGCAGCAGCAGCUGAGACCUGUUGAUAACCAGCACCAACCCCUCAGUAGGAAGAGUAGUAGUCCUCUAACUGUCACUCAGCCUCAGCAGAAUGUUGAUGAGGACAGUGUUGACCAGACUCAUCCCAAACCCAACCAGUCUCCUCCAGCACCGGCACCAGCAGCUGUAGAGGCUGUGUCAAGCCAACUGCCCUUGCAGCAAAGUCAGCAACUUCCGAUGGAGCUAAGAACACCGCAACCCGUCUAUCCAAACCAAACGGGUGUCCCUGAUCAAGGGAUGAUGCAGAGUAUGCCCAUGAUAGGUACCUAUGGUAUGAUGCCUAUGUACACAUCGCAAGGGAAUGUUGUUUUCAUGCCUGUGGCAACACAGGCGGGUGCUCCUGGGAUGUACAUGCACCAGCAGGCUACGCAAGUGUUCAUGCAGCAACAAAUGCCCAUGCAGCAACCGCUCCAGCAACAGCUCCAGCAACAACCUCCAUUUCAGCAACAGCCAAUCAUGCAGCAGCAACAGCCUGCAAUGCAGCAACUUCAACAGAAACCUCCUAUGAUGCAACAGCAAAUUCCUAUUCAACAGCAACAACAGCCUCCACCCUCUAGCCAGGACCAAGUUCUACCACAGGUGCAACAGCAAUCGACUCAACUGACUCAGCAAGGAGGACAGCAAGCUCAGAUACCAUCCCAGCAGUUGCAACAAGUCCAACCACCACAACCUGGUCAGCAAGUAGCAACAUCUCUGCAAGGUCAGACCCUCACACAACCUCAACAGUCACAAACUGCAGCUGCUCUUUCUAAUGUUGCACCUAUCCAAAGUGUCCCAGGAGGGACCCAGCCGCAACAGUCUCAAGGUAAACAUGCAAGGGUGACCAUUCAAGAUCUUGCUGAAAAACUUUCCAAUAUAUCCCAGUUACACAAGAAGCCUACCCAACCAGCUAAAGCUGCAACUUCACAGGGGCAACCACCGACAUCACUUCAGCAGCAAGUAUCGCAUGGACAAGGAUUAGCUGGGCAGACAAAUAUACCAUAUCACAAUCAAGUUAGUGUUAGUGUUGCCCAGCAGACCACACAAAGCAAUAGCCAGAGCUCUGCAAACAUUGUCUUGACUCCUCAACCUGUUCCAAAUAUGUUAGCACCCGUCUUUCAUCCAAUCCAAGAUGAAAGGAAAGCAUCGUUGAUGGACACCCAGAGUCUACCCAUUCAUACCUUCUUGCCGCGUCCAGCAAGUGAACCUGUUCCAGAUAUGCCAACACCUGUUGUAGAUUAUCAACAAGAAACUUAUAUUGAGAAAGCAGAUGAAAAUCAAAUUCAAAAUGAGCAACCAGUAAGACCUGUGUCCCCAAAGCCACCAUCUAGCCCAACAAAGAAGUCUCGCUUUCUUGUGUCAUCCGUGGAAGAGAAGAAAGAUGCGGCAGCUGUUACUGAGGAAAAACCAAGAGAAGAGACCAGUGAAGGAGAAACUGGAAACAAAAUGGAUACAGUUGAAGAUAAGUCUUCCAAAGAAACUGUUGUUGGGUCUACCAAAGACCAAGCACCUGUACAAAAGGAGGAAAAGAAGAAAGGUAGAUUUACAGUAGCGCCAACUCCAAGUACUGUGAAAGAUGCCGUACAAAACGACGAGGUUAAAUCUGGGGAGACAGCAAUGCAGGCAAAGGAAGUGAAAGAUGUGGUCUCUCAUUUGGUAACUCAAACUGAAAAGAACAUUGACAAGGAAGGAGCAGGUGUUGCAAAUACCGUGAAACCGUCUGCAGCUGCUCCAGCAAAGCUGGGCCGUUUUCAAGUUAACAAGGUUUCAGACAAGGCUCCAGUGGAAGGAAAACCAUCUGCCCAACAGUCUGUUCCUGAAACGGCUCCAACUCAAUCCAUUAAGGAUGAUCCUACACCUGUCGAAAUGGAGAAUGAGAAACAAGAGGCAGAACUGCUGCCAACACAGUCAGCCACUGCAUCACUUGUGAUGAAGGAGGCAGACCGGGAGCCAUCGCCUCAGCGAGGAAAUGAUCCUGUUGUUGAUAUACCCAUUGGACCGGCCAUCAGACCCGAACGUAAGAACAGCCUGAUUGGCAGUGAAAGGGAUACUCCAGACAGUAUCGCAUCUGAUGGAAGCUCGCUUCCUCCAUUGCCACCAGAAGGUCCUACUUUGCAGCCAUCAGGAAUUCUUCAUGGUCAAUCUUUUCAACCAGUCCAGGGUGUGUUUUCCAAACCUGAAUCACAGAGUACACCCCCUUUAUCAGAUGUUGGAUCCGCCUCUCCUGGACUCCUUGCUUCGACUGAUCUUGGUCCUGUCCAGCCUUCUCAAGCUGAAGCAGUUAGGGAUCUCCAGGAACUGCUCAAGAGACAAGAGGAGGAGAGGAAUAAGAUACUUCAGAAACAACAGAGUGAGAUGCAAGAAUUCAUAGCUCAGCACCCACAGACAACACCACCCCAGAGCCCAUUGCUUCUCUAUCAACCAAACAUGUACAGCAUGGUACCCUUCCCCAUGCAAGAAAACUUUGCUCCCCAAGGCAUGUGGCAUCCAAGUAGCAUUCCUAUUCCCUUCAACCACUUCCAGGGGGUUCCUUUCUCGCAUGGACCGGGCUCCGCAUUUGGGGGAUUCCGUCAGAGCAACACCAGCCCACCUACCGUACCAGGCAUGUCUUCCAUAGGAGUCCCUGUGCAGGGACCCGGAGGGAUCGUUACGUACAGACCUGUUGCUAGUGUGGAGAUGCCUGGCCAGGGAGCCAUGCCAGGUGCUGCUCCUGCCAUGACAGGUGCCCAGUAUCAAGUGCCUACCACCAUGCACCCCCAUUUCUCUGGCAGCAAUGAGAUGAUCCAGCAGCAGUCCUACGCUGGCAAUCAAGGACUCAAAAGGAGUGUCAGUUACCAAUCGGUUGUUCCGCAAGCCAACGCCGCCGCGUUUCAACCGGCGUUUUUCUCCAAUCCCAACCAGGCAAUGGGAACGCCUAAUCCUGAGGCAUUCAUGCCAAGACCGGGAGCUGUGUGGAUGAAUCCUGCAGCUGGAGUUCAGAUCGUGGACAUGAAGGAUCAGCAGUCGAUGCAGAAUGGAAUCAACAGAUCUCCUGAACAGCUCCCCCGUGGGGUAGACAAUACAGGUGUAGCGUUUCCUACGCAGCAUGUUCAUUCACAUCCAUCCCAUGUAAGGACAGGCUCUGGUACAGAGAAAAUAGACUUGACCAAGAGGGUGAUACCAAUGAAUAGUGAGGCAAGUGAAGUAGUCACUUCGAAAGGUUACCAAGCUCGGACAGACCCGAGUCAGGUGGAAAGGAGACUAGAGGAAGCCAGGCCUGGUGGUCUAAACCAGUCAAAUAACCAAAGUGAAAAUGUGGAACUGCAUGGACAGAGUGAAAAUAGGGUUGCAGUUGAUCAACCGAUAACAGACCCCAACCGGCCAGCUGAUAAUAAUACAAAUGUGAUUCCUACCGACCAAAAUGUGUCAGCACAUCUUCAGACAUCGGCAUCCCUGCAACAGCAGCAACAGCAACAUGCAGGAAAGCGGAAAGGGACUUUUGCCGAUGACAAGUUCAAGAAUCUUGCGGACUUGAGUAAACCGACCACAAGACCUGCUUUGGACGAAAGGAAAGUUAGUCUGAAUGACCUGAAACGUGCACAACAGCAGCAGGACUUGCAGGCCAGUGCGGCAAGGCAACCAUCUGGAACUACCAAAGCUGAUGUUCCCAAGACAUGAGGAUCCAACUCGUGCACUAGAAAUUGUGACAUACAGUUAAAAAAAAUGAUAUUUACACACAAAAAAGUACAAAACAUCAAUAAUCUAAUACUCCAAAGUUGAAGAAAAUAUCACUAGCAAAAAAUUAGUAACCUAUUGCACAGUGCUUUCAUACAUAUAUAUGUAUACCUGUAUGCUGCUUAGCAAGUAGAGUGGUCACAUCACGGCCAAGAUUACAUCUAUAUCACACCAUGGUGAACUGCUUCACUAUGAUUUUCUUGUAGCAGUAAUUAUCCUGGUCUUAUGCUAUUUAAAGAUUUCUGAAUUAAAGUAAUACGACAAAGCACAAAUUAGCUAUAAAAAUAGAUUUGAAUUAAUGUAUGUGUAUUGGAAAAAAGAUUGGAAGUGCUGUUCGCACUUGAAUGCUGUGGAAUAAUUUCUCCUUCGCACCAGUUCUGAUCGUAAGUCUAUUUUGUUGCGACAUAUAUCACCAACUCAGAUGUCACAGUUUCUUUUGCAUUCCCUCCAAGUGUCGAGCUUCAUCAAAACCUUUGUUAUGAAUAAUGAACUAAUUGGCAUGAAAUGCUUAUGUGUGUGAGUAGCUAAUUUAUGAUUGAAAAAUGGUUUAGGAUUUGUAGAGAAGGAAGACUGUAGACCUGAGAAGUCUGUAGUGUAGUUAUUGAUUUCAUGUAAACUGCCUUAUAUUUCGUUCGGGAUAUGCUGCAUGGAAGCAGCCUCAUGGUCAAUGGAAGAAUGACGACGGUAGGAAGACGGAGAAGGGAAGGAGGAGAGCGUGAGGCAGGCUUUGAGAAAUGGAAGGUGAAACAGCCUUUAACACACCCAGGUUGCAGCUUCCUCAUAUCACUUUACUAGGUGCUUUGGUGUUGUGUAUGUAAGUGUAUAUCUCACUCGUGUCAAUAUAUUUCUAAGAAAUGAAAGCGAAGCCUAAAUAUUUGUACCACCACCUCCCCCAGGAUCUGUAAAUAUUCUUUAUGCAAGAGUAUCUCUGUUGUGCAUUAGAAGCCAUUGGCAGACGUUGGUAUGUGGCGAGCCCAGUGUGAAAUAUUUUCACAAUCUAGGAGUGUGGGUUCUAGGAUUCCCUAUGAUGAUAAGAAUAACUAGAAGUCAGAUACACAGUCUCAAUCAGUCAGCCAGUCAUACUGUUGGUUUUUCUAUUCUUUACAGUAGUGCCCUGCUGUAAGCCCCAUAAGUCACAAUAAAUAUCAUUCCAUAUUCUGUCAAAUUUUGUGAUAUUUUGUUUAGAGAUUUACCUUCGCGUGUAGUCAACGCCUAAGUUUUCAAAAAGAAAAUGCCUUGUAUGCAUGCUAUUGACUGGUCAACCUGUGGGGCAUUGGGUAAUUCUAAGUUUGGUGUUGACCUCCUGGUGUCAGCUUGGUCGCUAUUUACAUCAGCACAGCGGCAACGUUGAAAUAAGACUUGUUUUGGGGACAAGUCUCGCUUGGUAUAGAGCGAUGGAAAGCAAUCUAAAUUGUGCUUCCAACGCUGACACCAGCAGUAAUGCCGAACUUGAAAUCUUCCAUUGUUUAGGAGUGUUGGAUAAUUUGUCCUAUUUUUCUCAAUAAGAUUGCAUUGCUGUGGGUUUAUAAGACUUGUAACUUUGCAUUUUGAUCAAAAUUCAAUCUUUGAGUCCUUUUGUAGCUAGGACCUCGAUUAUUUCAUCUGAAUAUUGCUUGUCAAUGUCAAAGACAGAAUCAAUAAAACACUCUAAGAGCUGGUGGUAACCAUAAUAGGUAGCAAUCAUCGGAGAGGUUCGUCUGAUGUAAGUGAUGACAGGAGAAAGCCUCCUUCAUGCCCUAUCAUGGAAUUUUACCUUAUUUUUGGUAAGCGUUUGUGAGGCUGCAUGGUAGCCAUAUCUGUUUGCUUUUCUGGGCGUUAAUUACCAAAUAAAGACGGCAAUAUCUUGUAAUCAACCUGAAGUUGACAUUAAUCUCAACCUCAAUCCUGACGAUAAAGGAAUUAAGAUCAAUUUGAAUUUGAAUUGAUUUAAGUCUAUUUGAGACAGGACCCUCAAUGAAAGUUUGAGAUACAAGGUCUUAUAAUCCCACUGACUUGAAAAAAGGGAGACCAAUGUUGGUAGAUGCAAUUUGAUGAGACUGGUUCGAUAGGCUACACCAGACAUUUCUCGUAUGAUAUAGUAGACUGUAUCUGCCGAUGACUGGCUUGCAGAAUCUCUGUAAGAUCUUUGAUAACAAACCAUCCAUUCCACCCCUCUUGCAAACUCUAGCAUGUACACCUACACACUGAUAUAGUCCGUUAUUAGCUCAAUGAAUUUGACAUGAUGAAUUUGUACAUUUUGUAUAUAAAGCAACAAUUGUAUGGCCAUAUAUAUAUAGUUUUGUUGUUGUUUAGUGGGACUUCAAUUUGUGUUAUCGAUGUUUAUCAUUACUGCGUAUAUGAAAAUGUGUAUAAAUGCUGCGUUAUGAGCAGUGCGUGAGAGAGCGCCGGCCACUGCUCAGCCUUGGCCAUGUGUGAGAAAAAACUAAUAUAUUCUAAAAUUUAGAAUAUCAUAAAGAACAUAUUGACUUAUACAAAAAAAUUCAGAUGUACGUCCAGUAAAUGUUAGGUAUUAGUUCUAAAAAGAAACAUGCAUUUUAUUGAGUAUGCUUAGAUUGAUAACCAACUCAAAAACUUUUUAAUGCUUGAAAUUGUUGGCUUCCAUUUGUAAGGAUUAAAAUCACUGUAAUAUAUAUUUAAAAACUUGCUUAGUUGUGGAAAAAGUGAAAUUGGUACAUGGAUUGAUUUUGAUUAUCUCUAAUAAUUUGAAUAAAUGGAAUUCAUCUCCCUGGUACUCUUUCUAUUUUUCGAGAUUCCCCCACCUCUAAUCACUUGUUAUGGCACUGUUUCAUCAGAAGCUUUCACGAGCACAUAAUCACAUGACUCACUUUCUAACCCUGUUUCAUAAUACUUGAUAUCAGUAAAAAAAAAUAAAGAAAUAGUCAUAGAAAUCCAUGGCAAAUUGCUCUUUGCAAAUCAGAUUACAUGAUUUCAGCAGCUUAUAACAGCCCGUUACCUGCAAUCGAUUACAAGUUUUAUGAAACAGGGCCCCUGUUGGCACAUCCCUUUACUAUUCUAUAAUCCAACACUUUGAAAUGUUGUGUCUAGUGGAGUGCAUCGUGAUGACUCAAUGUAAAUCUGAAAAAAUAUUUCUUGUAUCAUUGUUUAAGGCAUUGGCAUUGGUAGACUUUUGAAUCACUUUGCUUUUCAGAUAUCAGCUUGUAUUUUCACUGAAGAUUCACAAUAUCAGAAUUAAAAAGAAAAAAAAGAGGUCAGAUGAUUAUUCUGCUCAUCUAAGUACCAACAGAUUUUGUUCACGUUUCUGAAAUACUUGGUUUCCCGCUUCGGGGUUCUGUGACAUUGAGAGAUACGAUUGAUAUACAAUCGAUUGUAACGUUUUGUACAUGGUUUGUCAUAACCUGAUAGCUACAAUUAUUGUGCAAUUGAUGGUAUCAUUUCUCAUGUUACAUGGUCCAGAUUUCGUGUAAACCUGUCUUAUACAUGCUUCUUCCAGCCUUCUGUCAAGGAUUGUAAAAGAAAAGGUUUUUCCUGCGAAGAUAACAUUUUUUUUAAAAAGAUAAAACGCUCUUGUUAGUGUAAAGACUGUCGUAAGAAUGUAUUCAGUAUUUUCUUUUACAUCAUUUACAUUUUCUUUGUUUUGUGCAUGAACUAUGUUGUGAUACACCUUCCUCCCCUGACGCAGAUAUAGUAUGAAAUCAGACAGACAUAAUUGGAGAAUUUUUUUUUCAAUUUUAUUUGCUCAUUCCUGCUACCAUAGGAGGAGCCAAAAAUAAAAUGCAAUCUCAAUCGGGUCGGUUUUAUCCUAUUUUCAUUUCAGUUUGUCGUCGAUAUAUUCUACAUAGGACUUUGGAAUAUGUUUAUGAUUUGCAUGUCUUGUAAUAAUUUGCCUAAUGUUAAGAUUGAGAAAACAAAAGAGAAAUUAUUUUUUAAACAAGAUAUCCCUUUGUGACAUUCACCCGUGCCUCGUAAGUAAGCUUUUAUAUACAAAAGAUUCAUGAUUUUGUGUUGGCAUUGUGGCAACAGGCUAUAAUUUGACUAUUUGAUAUUAAUUUGACUAAUUAUGAUGUUAACAUAAAGUAAACUCCAAUGCUGUCAUAGGGGAGAAGUGAUCACAUUUCCUUUAUAUUUUCCUCCUCUCUGUACCAUUUGCUUUCAUGUAAUAUUGCUGUCUGUUUAUCUAAUUUAGAAGUAUUUUGUUGCAUAUACCACCUUUUUUGUUGCUUAUUUAUGAUCUAAUUUGAUAUAGUCGUAUAUACCUUCAUUGUAUAUCUAUGUAUGGGCAUAUAUUAUUUCUUUUCUUUUCAAUGUACAAAGCACUCUUGAAUAUAAUAUACAAUGAUCACAACAAUUUUCGAUGACUUUUCAAGUUAUAUUUUCUUUUGACAUUAUGAUAAAUGGUAAAAGUACACCGGUCUUUUGUUGCUGACUUUUGGCAUGACUGAGAAAGUAAACAUGAUUAUUUUGUGCAGUACUACAUCCCAACUAGCUUAGGUUUUCCCGUUUGUCCCCACAGUGUUAUGAGUAAUGUUGUGGGAUGUAUAUAAUGCAUUUGUAUUUAUCUGUUCACAUGGAAAUAAGUCUCCACAAAUGAGUGUAGAAGUAGACCCACUGUAAAAAUAGCAUAAUAAUAUUUCAUCCUCAUCCCACUAUUGUUGCAUUCAGAACAUUUGAAUAUAAUUUUCAUUUGGAAAUGUCAUAUGAUUUGAAUUUCUAUAAUUCUUUAAUAUCAGAGACGAUUUUUCAUUUGGUCACCAGUUUAAUACUGAAGCCAAACAAAGCACGUCAGAUUCAACACAUGAGUGACUUGGAGCAACAAAAUAUCUUGGUAACUUUGUUGAAAGGCCCCUAGUAUUUUCAAAUCAUAAAAUUGGACCAAGGGGGUCACAGUAAGAAAAUGUGUGACUCUUCUCUUUUACAUACCUCCCUUUAACAAAUCAUUUACUUUAAAGUCUUGUUAUAUACGUAAACAAGCUUACCUUUUUUGGAAAUUGGAAUAAUCUUAAAUUGUUAUGUAGAUAUAAUAAUAUAUCAGGCGUUCUGCACCGAUAUGCACAUAUUUAAGCAAUGACAUGAAAAUAACCAAGUAUUUUGACAUGUGUUAGUGCAACCAUCAAUACAUUAAUUGGUAUAAUAAAUGUUGAGCAAAACUGUGAAUAUGCGAUUAUUACCUGUAUCCCGCCCAUUUUUCAUACUCUUGAAAACGAAAAUGCAUUCAGCAGACUUGACUAUCAAAUGCUUUUCAAUUCACUCCCAGCACAAAGCUGAUAUUUUAUGAGAUUCCCUAAAACGGUGAUAUCUUUUUUUUUCUUUGUGUUUCUGUUUGUAGCUGGGUGAAUGAUAUUCAUAUAGUGCUAUCAGAAAUACAAAAAAAAGUAAAAACAUUUUUGUGAAAUCCAAUUUUGUCAGUUUCAACACUAGGUUUGUACAAUACAUGUCACAUGUAAUACACAUGCUGUAUCCCACAACAAAUAUAUUGCUGAGGUCUGCGUUCACUUGAAUGGGCAUCAAGAUAUAUUUUUAAAAAGAAGGGGUAUAAUUCCAAUAGAAAUGUUCAAUGAUUGCACAAUAGGUUGAUAAGGAUUGACAAAAAUUUGCAGUUGCAAAGUGUAACAUAAGUUUUGGCACAUUGCUCAUUCAUAAUAUGAAAAUAUGAUGUUGCUAAAUAUUGGUAAUUACGGUGCAUUGUAAAUGGAUUGAAACAUCUCUCUUAGAUUUGUUUAAUUAUUAAGAUUCAAUAUCCAAAGAUAAGUAGUAAAAUGAAAUGGAAACACAUUUUGUCCUUUGUUGUAAACAGAUAAACUUGUAAAAAAUGAAGUGCUAAUUUAGCACUUACAGUGCACACACUCUAAGUGCUAAAUUAGCCCUUCAUUUUUUACAGUGUACUGAUCCAGCCAGAGUUAAUUCUUUGGAAUUGUCACCAAAAAUCAGAAUUUAAUUGCAUAAAACAUUGUAUGAAGAAACUUUACAACACAUGUAUUUUUUUUCUUUAUUUCAUGUUAACAACUAACUGUUGGAGACAAGUGAAGACUUACGGAAAAUGGGGGGGGGGGGGGGGUCUGAUAACAAAACUGUAUACUGUAUCCAAGAGCUUCUCCCUUUUGUCGAGAAUGAAAUUGCAUUUGAAUUAAAAAAAUGUAAUAUGAUAUUAAAUCUAAGAUUUUGUAUGUAUGGUCAAGGGCAUGCUUUUCCUCUUAAAUUAAAAAAAAUCUAAUGCAUGUAUAUACUAAGGAGUAUGCCAUUGCUUGAUAUUCUGUAUGCUAUUUAUUUUUAAAUCUAGUAAACAAUGCCAUUUUCCUUCCCUGUUACAUAUUGAAAUGAAUGUUCAGUUUCAUUGUUUUGUUGACUUGAUAGCAUAGUUGAAUACAUGCAAAAAGUCACAUAAGGAAUGAAUAUACCAAAGUUGACCUGGUCUACUCUUACAUCAAUUAAAGUGUGGAAUCAUUAAGUCAAAAGCUUACAGAAAAGAACUAUAAAUAUUUAAAAGGCAUUAUACAAAGUUAAUAUUUUGUGCUGUUUAUAUAAUGAAAGAAUGUGAAUAAUAAUACCAACCAAAUGUCACCCGAAAAAUUAUCUAAUUUUGAUUCUUUUUUUUUUAAGAUGAUUUGUUUAGCACUGAUUAAUAUGUUGCAAGAAGUACUUGACUUUUAUUGUAAUUCUUUGUUAUUAUUACCACUGUGAUGAAGAAAUAAGAAAUUAAUACCAUUAUUUACAAUCUA